UCUGUUCACCUAUCGCUGUUUGCCGACCUACAUUGGGAACUGGACAAGCAAUACCUUGAUUCGAAAUAAAGAAUAGCAGAUGCUGGAGAUCUGAAACAAUACAUAAAUUGCUGGAGAAACUCCGCAGUCACUGCACACAAAAUGUUAAAUGUAUUUUCGACUCAGAAAUGCUGUCACACCCGACUUUCUCCAGCAAUUUGUUUUUUUUUGUCUUGAUAUUAAAAUUCACAUCCUUGUUUUCAAAUCCCUAAGAAGCAUUGUCUUUAAAAUAAAAUCGGUGUAAUCUCCACAGCCAUCUAUGAUGCCUGUACGGACUUAAUUCUGACCUCGUGUCUUCCCUCUUUAAGUUGAGACACCAUCAGAGGCCUUGUGUUCCGGUGACGAGGCGCCAAGCCUUGGAAUUCCCUCCUUCAAGACAAUCCCUAAAACUUUGGCCAGCUGGCUUAAUUUUCUCCUCCUGUGGCUCGCUCUCGGACUUUCCUCUGAAAACGUCCCCGCGAACGUUUCACUUGCUUAGAGGCGCUACCUAAAUGCAAGGCGCUGCGGUGGCUGCACAGCCGUGAUUGUGAUGUUAUAAGAGGUGGGGGAACAGGUUGAGGUGCCUCCGGGGGGAUAGAGAAACACGCUGUGGUCAGUGUUCCCUGAUAUUUCCACAAUGUGUGUCUGUAUGGGGCCAGUCUCCAUGUCAUUCAGAGGUGGUGUUCAGCGGCUGGUUGCAGGAGAGCUGACAGCGACAACGUUACAGGAAUCUCCAUGGUGACUGGGGCUUUGCUGCAACAUUGAAAGGAGGGGAGGUUGCAGGAGGGAGGGAUAUGUCUAUUGCUCCCGGAACCGACUAAAUAGUAGCAUUUCUUUUCCAUUGACUGCGGCUUUUUUCUGUUUCAAAACUGACUUCAGUAAAAUCCAAAGUAAAAUCCCCCCCACCAUUCCGGAGAUUUUUGUUAUCUUAAGACCCAGAAAUCGCUUUCCCUUUAUUCCCUAUGUUCUGUUUGGUCAAGUCAAUAGCCUGCGCUAACUAAAACUCUCAUAUGGGGUGAGCGCGUUGGAUUGCUUCAGUUUCAUUGGUGUAGCGCCCCAUGAAUACGAGCCUGGAGCAGCCUGUCGUCCGCUCCGGCUCCGGGAGAAUACCUGAAACUCGGCACUUCUGCACCCCCGUAACGGAUUAUGGCGAGGCGGCAAGUGGAGAGCUACACGAUGUCUGGUGCAGUGACAAGUCACUUGAUCUUUGCAGGAAAGACCUCACCUGCCUCAGGUGUGACAUGCCAAGAUGUAUCGAGCAUCUGUAUCUGGAGGGCAACUUGCUUCAGGAGUUGCCAGGCGAAUUGUUUGAUCAUCUGCCACAGUUAGUGUGGUUGGACUUGAGAAAGAAUAGACUGCAGAAGCUACCUGCUAGAAUUGGAACUCACAGAUGUCUUAGAACACUUUUGUUGGAGACAAACCCUCUCAUAGAAUUACCGAUUGAACUAGGAAAUGUACUAUCUCUUAAAGCACUUAAUCUGAGGAAUUGUCCACUGCAGUUUCCACCUUUGGAUAUAGUACAUUUAGGCACCAAAAUUAUUCUUUCAUUUCUUAGACAGCAUGCUACUCAGUUUAUUUCUGAAACUCAAAAUCAAGAAACAGAUCCAAUUCAUCCCAUUAAAAUGGUAAAGCAGACCCUUAAGAUAAUAAAGAUAAAAAAUUCACUGGGGAAUUGUUUUGAACAGCAGAGUGAAAAAAAGCUGCAAAAAGCAAUGGAACCUCUAAUGUCAGUGCGGGGCCAUAUGUUUUGCUGCAAGUCACCACCCAAACCUGUGCUCUGCAGCAAAAUGAAUAUCAUCAGAAAUAAUGUUCUACAAAGAAGUGACAGAAAGCAAGUCUUUGAAGUAAAAGCAAACGUCAAGGAUCCGAAUGACACUUUACAUCAGAGGAAAAAAGUCACAGGAAAAAUGUUUCCAGUCUUAUCUAAAUUGAUGGAAGACCAAAAUUGUCCAGAGAAAAUGCAAAGGAAGAAGAAAGAAUUGAAGAAGCCAAAUAUAAAAAGUGAUAAGAAAGAUUUUGAGCAACUGCCAUUGGUCAAUAUUCAGCAAAAGAAUGAAGAUAAAUUGAAGUCUGGUAUGGAAGUAAAUAUUCAGAAAAGGUCUGAUGAAGAGACAGUAAAAGAGCCGAAGAUUUGUAAAACCAAAGAUGUCGAACUGAAACUACAACACCGUAUCCAACAGUAUCAGCAGCUACGCAAGAAGAGAAGACGACCAAGAAAAGCAGUCUCGCCUGAGGAUGCAAACGCUGAAGUUGAAAAUUUGAGGAAAUCACUAUCAAGGUUGAAGAUGGAAAGGCAGAGUCCCAUGGAGUAUCGACUUUGUGCUUUCAUUGGAGAAUAUUCCUCUUGAUUACCUCAUCCUGUUUCUUUUUCACAAAGUGCUAUGAGGUUUUGAAAAGCAAAUGCUGUAGUCCAUAGAUGGUUAUCUGAGAUCAAGUCACAUCUGUAUAAAAGUCAAGAAUUUAAUGUUUUACCAGUUCAAUUCAUUAAAAAGAGAUUUUUCCACAUUAUUGUAUUUACUAUUCCUGUUCAGAUUAAUACACGAUUGUUAAAAACAUGUACAAAAGUUUCAUUUUACUUCCCACUGUAUUUUGUUGUAUGUCUUAACUUGUACCAGGUCCUCAUUCCCUCUUCCUGACAUACAUUGGCCUCUAACCAACAACAUCUUGAUUUUAAAAUUCUCAUCAUUGUUUUCAAAUCCCUUCAUGGUCUCCCCAUCCUGCACCUGUGUAAUUCCCUCCAGCUCCACAACCCUCUUGAGAUAUCUGCAUUUAUGUUCCCCUGAUUUUAAUAGCUCCACCGUUGGUGCCUUCAAUCAUCUAGAUACCAAGCUUUGGAAUUCUCUCCUUGCAUUUCUCUACCUUGUUUUCCUUCAAAACAAUCUCCAAACCUUACACCUGACCAAUCUUUCAGUCAUUUACCCCAAUAAUGUCCCAGGUGCUCAGUGUCAUUUAAUUUUAUAAUGCUCCAUUUAACUUCUUGGUUUUGUGGAAGAUAAUGGUUCUGAGAGAGCUAUCAUUGAAGUUAUAUUAAGUUGCAUCCAAUCUCGUGAUGUCACACAAUCUUUGGAUGAAGAAGAAUCACUCUACUACAAGAUAAGGAGACAACUGUUCCAUUUCUGGCUCCUGAUAGUCUUUGAAACUAUGCCUAAUGAAUUAAUGCGACUUGCCCUUAUUGCUACCAUUACA